CACGACCUCCCUAAUUGUAUGGGGAAAGAGAAUUUGAGUGUCUGUCUAUAAAUAGGUGCAACAGGGUCUGAAUGCACACCAUAACCCUCAAAACGGUACAGUCCCACUCCGGUCAUCUUCCCCCAAAACCCUAGACUAACCCAACCCCCACCUCAUUUUCGCGCCAAUUCACCACCGCCCCCUCUCCCACUCCAAAGGCGUCGGCAUCGCCGUCCCCAACUCCACCCCCGGCGCUCUCAACUAGACCUCGCCGUUAACGUACGCAGAUCAUUAACGUCGAAAAAUCAGGAUGUAUUGCCACGAAUGCGGCUUUCAAACCGAUGUGGUGUUCGACCACUCCACCGGCGACGCCGUCUGCAAAAACUGCGGCUUAGUGCUCGAGUCCCACUACAUCGACGAGACCAACGAGUGGCGAACCUUCGCCGACGACAAUACUCGCGACGACCCCAACCGUGUUGGUGCUGCAGCCAACCCACUAUUGUCCGGUGGCGGACUGUCCACCGUCAUGGCCAAGCCCAACGGAGAGGUCCUCCGUGCUCCGAAUAGGGAUCCGGACCGGGGCUUGAUAAUGGCCUUCAAAACCAUCGAGACAAUGUGUGAUAGGUUGGGCCUUGUUUCAACCAUCAAGAACCGGGCAAAUGAAAUGUACAAGACUCUUGAAGAUCAUAGGUGUAGCAAGGGAAGAAACCAAGAUGCAUUAUUGGCUGCUUGCCUAUACAUUGCUUGUAAACAUGAAGAAAAGCCCAGAACUCUCAAGGAAAUCUUCUCCGUCGCGAAUGGAGCCUCAAAGAAAGAGAUUGGUAGAGCAAAGGAAUACAUAAUCAAGCAACUGGGGUUAAUGGAGAAGCCAUUUCCAGUAGCAAAUGCUGGGAACUAUAUGAGGCGAUUCUGUUCCUCUCUUGGCUUGAACAAUCAAGCAAUCAAAGCAGCUCAACAAGCUGUGCACAAGUCGCAAGAAUUUGAUAUAAGGAGGAGCCCUGUAUCGAUAGCCGCAGCAGUGAUUUACAUCAUCACUCAGCUUUCAGAUGAUAGUAACAAGAGGCCUCUCAAAGAUAUCGCAGACGUUACCGGAGUAGCACCAGCAACUAUCAAAAAUUCAUACAAAGACCUUAGUCCUCAUGUAUCUGAAAUAAUACCCAACUGGUAUCAUCUGAAUUUGUCAAACACUUGAUUGGUAUUGAUUGAGGGUUUAUGCCGAGAAACUAGAUAGCAGUAGACCGACCUUGACAAUGGACAGGCAUCUAUCUAGUAUACCAUAUGUAUAAUGGUUUUGGCUUGCAGUUUACUGUGGUUUUGCUUGUGACUUGUGAGGCACCUCUUUGUGGUGCUUACUGGUAGUCUUCGCCCUCCUUACUCCAAGUACUAACACAAGUUGACAAUCCACCAGUUCAGUAAUGGUGAUACUGUUUUAAUUCCUAGUC